GCAGCGGCCCUGAGCGGUCACGCAUAUCUAGAUCAGGUUGUUGACACUAAAAACACGGAUCUCAGUGACAUUGUCCUCAACAUGGCGACGGAAGUCAGUGAGGAGAAGGCACAGUUGACCGAAGAUGAAGUAGCCAGUGUUCGGAACCUGCGCGAGGCUAGGAGGCUUUCGAGCAAUCACAACAUUUCGCUGGAAGGAGUGAAGACCCUGGAGCAAAUAAAAGAGAGGCUGCUUCAACAUGUGUUGGACAAAACGACGACGAAGGAAGACUUUGAAAUUCUUGCUGUCGUAGCAGACCUAAAAGAUGACGACAGAAGAAAGCGACAGUUAUUAAAGGAGCGCAUCAAGGAGAUGAGAGAGUUCCUGAGGGGCUGUGACAGAAGCGUCGAGGCGCACCUCAGAAUAGAGCAGACGGUAACAGACGUCGAGCAGGACUUUGAUUCCCGACUCGAGCAGUUGGAGUCGGACUGCCCUAUUCUCGUGGCAGGCGAAACCUCGUCAGGCAAAAGCAGUUUGAUCAACCUUCUCUUAGGAGAAGAUCUACUCCCAUCAGCCCAUCUUAGCAGCACGUCUGUCAUCUGUAAGAUCAGGUACGGGGACAAGAAAAGAGCCGUCAUCAACUACGCUGACGGUCGGCAGGAAACCCUCCCCCUCCCGGAUGGAGAGGAUGCAGAGUCGUUCACGUCUGUUCUCCACACCCACCUGCACAAGAAGGCAGACAGAGAGAAGCGGUCCCAAUAUCAAGAUGUGGAAAUAUUCGUUCCACUGAAAUUUCUGAAGAGUGGUAUCUUCAUCGUAGACGGCCCGGGGAUUGGAGAGAAUGAGGCCAUGGACAGCGUGCUGCUGGACUACCUUCCAAGUGCAUUCGCCUUCAUCUACGUCAUCAAGAGUGACAACGCCGGUGGCGUGCAGAAAGAUAGGCUUCAACAGUUAUUGAAAACUGUUGCAAAAAGAGCCAAGCUACAGACAGUGAACCCUGCCGCCGCCAUGUUCGUCUGUAACAGGUGGGAUUUGGUCGAAGAAAGUGAGCGUGAGAAAGUGAGACGUGACACAGUCCACAAGUUGAAGACGUGUUGGCCAGGAUUCAGGCAGACGCAGCUCUUCUUCAUGGACAGCAAGUCCGAACUGGAGAACUCCAGGCACGGUCACAGGUCACGGGAUUUCGAGAACCUCCUGUAUGGCAUCCGAAACCUCAUCCCAUGCAGUCUGCAGGCAAAGAUACGUGCCUCCUCCAGGUGGCUUGAGUACCUCGUCAGCCGUGUUCUCCAUCACGUGAAGACAUACUUGUAUAAGUCAAAGAUGACCAGCAUCAAGCUCAAGGAAGUUUUCCGUCAGACAAGAGAGAAUUUGAAAGAGAUCCAAGGUGAAGCAGACAAAACCAUAUCCAUGCUAAGCAAAGAGGUACAAAAAAGUAUCGAAGGAGCAGUAGGCCAUCUGAAGACCUACCUGGAGUCACCGGAGGCAGAGCACGCCAUGAAAGGUUGGAGGAAAACGGUCAUCCCAGAAGUGACGGAAGGAGUCGAGUGGGAGGUUGUGAUGUACGAAAUGGAGACCUGCAUCAGUAAUCGCAUGGAGAAGGUUGUAGAGGAAUGGGGGGCGGAGAAAGGCAACAUGGGGUCUGAGAUGGACCGCCUGAUGGACCGGUUGAAGACCGAAAUCACCCCACUUCAACUUCGGCUGAAACAAAUUGAAGAAGAGAUCGAGGUUAUUGGGAAAAGUGGUAAGAACCAGUCGGAGAUAGUGAGACGCAUCUCUUUGGGGAGGUUUAUGCGAACGUUCGACCAGGAUGAGGUGGGGAUCGAGAGCACCUCCAUGAAGAGAUUGGACCGAAAAGACAGUACCACCAACAUGGAUCUGACGUCGUCCCUUCUGGCCCUCAGCAUUGUUGGAGCUGUCGCAGCAGGACCGGUUCUCGCUUUCUACGGUGUGCAGUCUCUCCGGAAGAAGUACAAAGACAAGAAAGAAAAGGACAGGUAUGCAGAAGAGGGGCCAAAGUACGUCGAAAAAAAGGCGGUUGAAGCCCUAAAGGAGUUUUGCAAGAACGACGAAGGGAUUCGCAAGUACGUAGAGGAAAGCUACAAGCCAAUUCGAGAUCGGAUGGAGAGCUUCCAAACCAGCCUCCAGAAGCAAGUGAAGGCACAGCUGCAGCUCAUGGCAAAGAUCGAAGACGACCGCCGAAGCAAGCAGCAGCUUGACUCCGACUUCAAUCCUAUGCUGAAGACGAUGGAAGAAAUGCAAGCUAAACUGGAACUGUUCAACCUACAGGAGCUCCCCCUGGUGCAUCCUGAUGCUGUCUGUUGCCAGAGUACAGAGGAAACCGUUGUAAGCAACUCAGUCCUUGCCGUAUGUGUCAAGGGAUCUAUGGAAGGAAGGGAGGUGAUUAUCAAGAAAUCCCUCGGUGCAAUCGAUGUUGAAAGUGCGCGAGACAUUGGAAGGAUGAGAAACAUUCACCAUCCAAACAUUUUGGCUUUCAAGGGAGUCGACUUUUCAUCAGGUGCACCCAGACUGGUCCUUCAGACAGCUGACAAAACUCUGCGGCAAUUACUCCCUGUCGGUGCUGUUCACUACAGCAGUGGGUACGUCUUCCGACACACCAUCCUGCCUGCCAUCAGGGCAAUCUCUGACGCCCUCUCCUACCUGCACGAGAACAACCUUGUCAGCUUUGAGUUGUCACAGGACACAGUCCAGUUUGAAGCUAAGGGAGACAAUCAGUUCAAGCUUCUUCACGUCGGCGUCCCCCGAAAGGUUAACCUUCCUCCAGAUGUCGACAAGAAGGGAGGGGCGUUCGUCUACCUCCCACCUGAGACGCUCCAGGGAGAUCACCUGUACGACAGUCGCUCUGACAUGUACAGCCUCGGGCUGAUGAUGUGGGAACUGUGGUACCACCAAAAGGCAUUCGAUGCUGUGACUGACCUGCCAUUGGACAUGUUCCUCGGAGUUAUGGACGACAGGUGCCCGAGCACAUCCGACCCCGGCCCGAUGAACGGCAUGUCUGCGGACGUGGGGAACAGAUGGAGGGACAUGAUUGACAGGUGCCUUGUGCUGUCAAGAGAAGGACGAGACAUUUCCCCAUCUGACGUCAUCAAGGUUCUAGACAGUAUCCCGUGAGACAAUUUCAAGUCACAGCUUGAGGCUGGAGUGUGAGGUUUUUGAAAAAAAAAAAGACUGGGCAGUAAUCAUUGAAGACGGAAAUAAACGUGAAAAUUAUGUGAUAAGUACAAUAUUGCAACUGUUACUUACACAACUAACCAUUUCUAAGAGGUCAAAGUUAUUAGAGGCAAGCGCCUUCAGUCAUUUCUUUUAGGAACAUGGCACGACGAGAAACUAUGUAACUAUGGACUGACUAUGAGAAGAUGGACUUAUAUCAUGUUGACUAUUUCGAACAUGUUUAUGAAAUGGUGAACUUUAAAUUAUUGUGCAAUAACCCACUGGAGAUUUAUCAAGGUGAAAUAUGGGCUUUGAGGGCAAAAGUCUUUUGAAAUACUCUAGAGAUGUAUGAAAUAGACUCUAGGUGAUAUAUAAAUUUACCGACAUAUUUUGUGACACUGUGAUACACAUUAACACAUUGUGCGCUUGUACACAAAAAUUGGCAUUGAAUAAACAGUUUUAGUCCAUGCGUGUUCUUGUUCUUGAAAUUGCACGAGGAGUAUAUGCAUUUUAACUUGUUUCAUGCUGAAGGUACACGGAAUAGUAUUGCAAGUCAAUUGAAAUUUCAAAAUGUGCUUGUUUCAAAAUCUGUUCAUUUCAGUGCAUUGCGUAAGAUUCAGUUUGUCUCGAUUUUAAAGUCUUCUGUUCACUACCUUAGGAAUGAGAAAUAAGCUGUUAUCUUUGGGCCAACUUUGGGCGCCACUGGUGUUUGACCUUAGUACUGCAGCAGAACCUCAAUAUUUGUCCGGAAUGUGCUAUUAAUCAUGUUGUUAUUGUUGUGGGAAUUGAGAAUAGAGUGAAAAUGAUUGAAGCCACACAUUUAUUCCCAUGUCGAUUUUUGUUUAAUGUUCCAGGUGAGUUGCGUCUUGAGAUAUAUCCGAUAGGUGGCAGUUUUGCAAUGCAAAUUGAACCAGGCCGCAAUGAAAUGGCUGACAUUAACCCUCUGAAAUCAGAGGUAAGAGUGACACGAUUGUAAGAAAAUGCUUCCAAAUCGCUGUUUUACUUGAUUCAGGAUGAGCAUGGCACCCUUGCUGCCAUCAAGGGAUACUAGUUACGUUACAAAUGUGUGAAAAUGUGUGUGAAAAGUGUGAUUUUAGUACCAGCCGAUGUAGAAAA